UGGUACCAAAACCUCAGUUAUGUUGUGGUGGCGCAGUUAAGAGUGUUAUCCCAUCCCUGACACAUCUGACGAAUAAGCGGAGUAAACGUUCUCACGUGUUUUGUAAUGACGCAUUUUUGAUUCACUUUUUUCUCUUUGUGAAAAGAAACCAAAGCUCGAGGGAGAAAGCUACAAGUUAAAAAAUCGAUCAACUGAUUGUUACCUUUAAACGAACUACAGGUCAGCACAAACAAGUGAAGACAUGGAGACAGUAUACAGUGUCCUCGGCUUAGAGUGGAUAGAUUUCAGUAGCAUUUCGUUAUUCCUGUGUGUUUUUCUGGUCCUGACUGAUUUUUUGAAGAACAGAGUGCCGAGAAAUUUUCCUCCUGGACCCUGGGCUCUUCCUUUCAUUGGCGAUCUUCAUCGCAUCAGACCUAGCAGACUUCACCUGCAGUUCGCAGAGUUUGCAGAGAAAUAUGGAAAGAUUUUCAGCCUUCGACUCUUUGGUGGAAGAGUUGUGGUCCUUAAUGGCUACAAGCUUUUGAGAGAAGCGCUGGUCCAACAAGGAGAAGACUUCACAGAUCGUCCAGCAGUACCCAUAUUUGAAGACUUAUUUGGGAAUAAUGGUCUUGUGAUGUCAAAUGGGUAUCGGUGGAAGCAGCAGAGGAGAUUUACUCUUCAUACACUCAGAAACUUUGGUCUGGGCAAGAAGACCCUGGAGUUAUCCAUCCAGCAGGAGUGCCAAUAUCUCACAGAGGCCUUUGCGGAUCAUCAAGGAAAGCCUGUUAAUGCCCAGCCACUGUUAAACAACGCCGUGUCAAACAUCAUCUGCUGUUUGGUAUUUGGGGAUCGAUUUGAAUACACUGAUGAGCAGUAUCAGUCUAUUCUUAAUAACUUUACCGAGAUAGUACGCUUACAGGGAACCACAGUGGCACAGAUGUACAACACAAUGCCCUGGCUGGUGAAGUGGCUGCCUGGACCUCAUCAGAAGAUAUUAACUUUAAAACGACACAUAACCGAUUUCAUAAAAACGAAAAUCAGAGAACACAUAGAAAAUUUUAACCCAGCAUCGCCGAGAGAUUACAUCGAUGCCUUUCUCAUAGAAAUGGAAGAGAAGGAGGGCAGUGAUUCAGUUUUUGAUCACAGCAGUUUAAGUGCAUGCACUAUGGACCUGUUUUUUGCUGGAAGCGAAACUACAACCACUACUUUGAACUGGGGACUGCUUUACAUGAUCUGCUACCCUGACAUACAAGGAAAGCCUUUUAAUACCCAGUCACUGUUAAACAAUGCUGUGUCCAACAUCAUUUGCUGCUUGGUGUUUGGGAAUCGAUUUGAGUACACCGACAAGCAGUUUCAGUCAAUUCUGCAGCUCUUAAAUGAGAUAGUUUACUUGGAGGGAAGCGUGUGGGCACAGAUUUACAACACAUUACCCUGGCUGAUGAGGUGGCUGCCUGGACCUCACCAAAAAAUAUUCACUCUGGUCCAAAAGAUAAUUGACUUUGUAGAAGUCAAGAUCAAAGAACACAGAGAAAACCUCAACCCAUCAUCACCAAGAGACUACAUUGAUGCUUUUCUCAUAGAAAUGGGGGAGAAGGAAGACAAAGAUUCUGGUUUUAGUCUCAGCAAUUUGUGUUUUUGCACCCUGGACUUGUUUGGUGCUGGAACUGAAACUACUACAACUACAUUACACUGGGGGCUGCUAUACAUGAUCUACUACCCUGACAUUCAAGAGAAAGUCCAGGCUGAGAUCGAUGCUGUGAUUGGUUCAUCCAGACAGCCAUCUAUGACUGACAGAGAAAACAUGCCCUAUACUGAUGCGGUCAUCCAUGAGAUCCAGAGAAUGGGCAACAUCAUUCCCCUCAAUGUGAGCCGUGUUGCAAACAAGGAUGCAACAGUGGAUAAGUACACAAUCCCAAAGGGUACAAUGGUCAUACCUGUUCUAAAUUCGGUCUUAAAUGACGAGACAAUGUGGGAAACUCCAAACUCCUUCACCCCUCAACACUUUCUCGACCAGGAUGGUAAAUUCAGGAGGAGAGAGGCCUUUCUUCCUUUUUCUGCAGGCAAGCGAGUGUGUCUCGGGGAACAGCUGGCCCGGAUGGAGUUAUUUCUGUUUUUUACCUCCCUCCUUCAGAGGUUUUCAUUUUCUGCACCUGCUGGAGAGCAGCCCAGUCUGGAGUUCAAGUUAGGAGCCACUCGCAGUCCCAAACCUUACCGCCUCUGUGCCGUGCCACGUUAAACCACCAGUUCUUGUAAUCUGAGCAAAUAUUUUUGUCAAAACAAUGAAUCGCAACAAAUCACUGUCUACCAUUACAUUUAUGUUGUAAUGAAUGAUGAUCUGCUAUAUUACUAUUUCUUUAGAUUAAGGUGAAUUGUUAUUUUUCAUCCUCUCCAUAUUAAAAUAUGCAGUAAAUAUCUUCUCUUGCAAUUUUCUUAAAGUCCUUUCCAGUGCACAUUAAAUUUGUCAGACCUACCAGACUCAAUGUGCUCAAAUAAAUCACACUGUCAUUAGGAUUUGUGUUCAAGGUUACAAUAUAGUUUCAGAAUCAGGUGUGACGGGUGGGAGUUUGAGUUUGAGAAUGCAUGAUGUAAUCUGGAUACUUCAAUUUCAAUAAACACUCUACUCUUUA